AUGGUCAAGAUUAACCCUUCCCUCGCUUCUUCCCGCCGCAAGAGCCGUGCUGCUCACUUCAAGGCUCCCUCUGACCAGCGCCGUGUUAUCAUGAGCGCUCCCCUCUCCAAGGAGCUCCGCGAGAAGUACAACGUUAGUUUUGCAUCACCUGAAGAUUCUUUCCCCACAGUUCCUAACAUUAUCCAGGUCCGCUCUAUCCCCAUCCGAAAGGACGACGAGGUCACCAUCGUCCGAGGCUCCAACAAGGGCCGCGAGGGCAAGAUCACCUCCGUGUACCGUCUCAAGUACGUUGUUCACGUCGAGCGUGUCACCCGCGACAAGGCCAACGGCCAGUCCGUUCCCCUGGGCAUCCACCCCUCCAACUGUGUCAUCACCAAGCUCAAGCUUGACAAGGACCGUGAGGACAUCCUUGCCCGCUCCAAGACUGGCCGUGAGCUCGCUGCCAACAACAAGGUCACCGCUUAA